UGGUAAGCAUUAAGCCAUGCUGAGGUCUUAACUGAACCUCGCCAGUCAAGAGGUCAUCUUCCAUGGCUUAGGAGCUAGCGCAGAUCUGGUCUAGGUCUCUUGUUGCAUCUUUGCAGUAGAGUUUAGGCUGAGCGGGCUAUGUAGUUUACUGACAUAGCUUUCACAAAGCCUAUCUUCAAUGGACUCCUGAAGAACCUCACUGGAAGACCCUGUCCCUUAGUGAGGCUUUCGAUAGAGCCAAGAGAAAUCAGAGAUUUUUAUAUGCUUUAUCGCGAGUAACAUACCUAUAUAGCUUCAGAUACAAAGCCAGUGAAUAGGCUGCACAGAGAAAAUCAUGUCGCUCGAAUCAGAAAUGGUAACUCUCAAGGAAUUAGUCUUGAACUUGUUCAAGAACCUUAAUAACAAGAUCAAAUCACAGCAGGAUAUAAUAGAGGAGCAUUUUUUGAGGUUUCCUUAUGCACAAAGCAAUGGGACCCAAAAACAGCAAGCCCAAGAUCCUUCUCACGAGGUUUCUCCACUCGAGAGCAGCGAAUUCGUCGAGAUGGAGGCCACCAAGGAAGAGCUGGCUGAAGUCCCUGAAGAGCCCAGUAAUGUUGCUUCAGACGCUUUUCAAGAAAACUCCCACCCAAAUUGUGAGAAGAACCAGAGCUCAUUGGUGGCUCAUCUACCUCAAGAAGAAAAUUCCAAGGGUGACAAACAAGCCCCUAGCUCUGGCCAAGAUGAAGAUACUGAGGAGGAGAAAGCGGAGUUCUACUUCAGCUGCCAUGAAAGAAUGCAAAAUGACCAGGCUAGUAAAGAUAGCAAAGACUCUCCACAAGAAAAACUCCUUCCUAGCUCGCUUUACUCCGAUAAUGGAGGAGCAAUAAGGGAAGCUCAAAGCAUGCCGAAUCUCAGCAAAACAACUCUUAAUGCAGAAAUAGACUAUGACCUGGCUAGUAAUAAGCUCAACGAGAUCUCCAAAACUGAAUCUGAUGAUCUCUCUCCAGGUAGCGAAAAAGGAAUCUCCUCAGGGACUGGAUUACAUGGCUUUAGAUGGGCAGAAACCAAUGUAAAGCCCCAGCCAAAGUUCAUGAAAGUGCUGAACUCUGCUAAAAAGCCUGACCUAAAUAGGAGUGAUGAAUUUGAGGCACAAGACAUUAUAAAUAGCAUUAAUUAUCUAGAAUCUCACAGAGCAACAGACUUGCAACCUUUUGAUUACCAACAGAAACCAUCAGAGUUAAAAAGCAACCCAGUAUCCCCACGAAACACUCUGGCUCCACAGUCGCCAUCCUCUACUCCAUUCGAGUAUACAUUCGGGAAGAGGAACAAAAAGCAGAGUCUGAGGAACCCAAUCAUGAGUAAGACUCAGCCAUCCCCAGCUCCAAUCAUGAUCGGAGAGGGUGCAUGUGACAGUGAGCCCACAAUGGCGUUCAACUCCAACAAUGACUGUAAAGCACAAAGCAGGAGCAUGAAUUACCCGAAGAUUUCUGACUCUUGGAAAGAGGUAAAGGCAUUCAACAAAAAUGAUUAA